GGUUUGCAUGGACAUUCAUCCCAUCCAUCACUUGCACACUGAAGAAGAUGGUGUCAAGCAUGGCAUCCAAAGGUCUCAUUGUGUUCGCUCUCCUGCUUGCGGCGGCUUGCCUCGUCGCCACGGCUGAAGAAACUCAGGCUAAGAAGGAAGAGGCCAAGGCUGGCGUGCAGGGCUACCACGGCGGCGGCGGAGGCUACUACGGGGGAGGUGGAGGUUACCACGGCGGCGGCGGAGGCGGGGGAUACCACGGCGGCGGCGGCGGUGGUGGCGGCGGCGGCGGCUACCACGGCGGCGGCGGCGGCGGCGGUGGUGGAGGCUACCACGGCGGCGGUGGCGGCAGAGGAGGCGGCGGUGGCUGUCGCUACAACUGCUGUGGUCGCGGGCGUGGUGGCUGCCGCUGCUGCGCGAGCCCCAACGAGAUUCCGGAGCCCAUGUACCGGGCGGAGGUCCACAACUGAGUACCGGCCAGUACCAGAUGCAGACGCCUACGUGCGAGCGUAUAUAUAGCGCCGUACCCGUACGUGGUGUUGGUGCACGUACGUGGUAAGUAAUAAUCGUACGUUACGGCCAAUAAAAAGGCGGGUGCAUGUAUGUACACAUACACGUACGCGUUGCACAGUAAUCGUGAUCCAACCUCGUAGUAUUACAUCAGGACUUUGUUCCUGUCAGCGUAUUCACCCUAUAAGACUUGUCUUUCUUGCUUAAUGUAAAAAAAAACUCUUGUGCGUGUUCACGCGAAAGACAAAUUUCAGCACUCCUUUUCUAAGUAA